CUGAAGGAUCCAGUGGCCAUUCCCUGUGGACACAGUUACUGUAAGAGUUGUAUUACAGGCUUCUGGGAUCAGAUGAGAGUCUACAGCUGUCCUCAGUGCAGACAGACCUUCAGUCCAAGACCUGCUUUAGCUAGAAACACCAUGCUGGCUGAAGUGGUGGAGAAACUGAAGAAUACCAGACUCUCUGCUGACUGUGACGCUGGAGCUGGAGAUGUGCAGUGUGACGUCUGUACUGGAAGAAAAUACAGAGCUGUCAAGUCCUGCCUGGUGUGUCUGAACUCUUACUGUCAGAAUCACCUCGAACAACAUGAGAGUUUGUUUAAAGGAAAGAGACACAAUCUGACUGAUGCCACUGGACGACUGCAGGAGAUGAUCUGUCAGAAACAUGAGAAGAUCCUCGAGGUUUUCUGUCGCACUGACCAGGAAUGUAUAUGUAUGCUGUGUACGAUGUAUGAACAUAAAAACCACAACAUUGUAUCAGCUGCAGAACAGAGGACAGAGACACAGCACCAGCUGAAGGAGACGCAGAAGACGCUCCAUCAGAGAAUCCAGCAGAGAGAGAAAGAUCUUCAGCAGCUGAGAGAGACUGUGGAGUCUCAUAAGCGCUCUGCACAGACAGCAGUGGAGGACAGUGAGAGGAUCUUUACUGAGCUCAUCCGCUCCAUUGAGAGAAGCCGCUCUGAGCUGAUACGACUGAUCAGAGAUCAGGAAAAGACUGCAGUGAGUCGAGCUGAAGAACGACUGGAGCGACUGCAGCAGGAGAUCAAUGAUCUGAGGAGGAGAGACGCUGAGCUGGAGCAGCUUUCACACACACAGGAUCACAUCCAGUUCCUGCAGGAUAACAGAGAUCUAGAAGAACAGGAUCAUAGUGGUCUUGAGUAG